CGCUGCCUUAAGGAGCUCCCCUUCACUACCUCAUCGUAGCCUGUACUUUCGCUGAUUCAAGUUCCAGUAAAAAGACGAAUUCAUAUUACUCAAGAUCAGGAUUCAUUAUCGCUUUCAUGUUAUAUGGCAAAUCACGUAUGGACUGGAAUAGCGUUACCUUCGACACGACAGGGGACGAACUGAUCGAUACAUCUCAUGAUCUCCGAUAAGGACGGACUUGGCACUGUACUAUGCAGUGUGAUAUUUGUUUAAGGAACCCAAGCUCAAAAUUGCCUUUUUAUUGCACGACAUGCGCACGCGCUGCAGUUUAUGAAGUUCGCAUAGAACAUGCCCGGACACUCCUUCACAGAGAGGCGCUUGGUCAUCAAAUCGAUAAUAUCGUUUCCGGAAAAUCUGGGGAAGGGAACGCCAAGGGCGGUUUGAAAGACGUCAACAACGUUGAGCAAGGUUUAGAGAGCAAUGCAUCAGCUCGGUGGACCCUCGAGAUAAAUAAGACCGCUAUACAGCAGUCUACUGGGCGGGUUCAAGAGCUCACUGACCAUGCAGAAGUUCUGCGGAAAGAGAUCUCAAAUGGCCGAGCAGAAAUCAAUAGGCGGAGGGCAGCACUCGCGCGUCGUCGCUCUGAUAUCUCAUCUAUAACUCAUGAUAUUGGUAUUCGCCGAGAAGCGGCGGCUGCAUCGGUCGAGAAAAGCAUUAAACGAACCGGGUAUAGAUGGGAUUCACUGCAUAAUAAGACCGUUGAUGCUCGAGUGUUCCUUUGUCGAGAAGCGGCGAACCUGUAUGGCCUUCGACAACGUCGACGGAGAAAAAAUGGUGUCAUUCGGGAGGACUAUAGCAUCGGAGGCGUUGGUAUUGUUGAUCUGAGAGACUUGAAUGGAGUGACACCAGCUCAGAUAACUACGUCGAUGACCAGCCUUGCGCAUCUUCUUGUGCUAACCUCACAUUACCUACUCCUCCGUCUGCCUGCCGAGAUUGUUCUUCCUCACCGUGAUUAUCCGUUGCCGACGAUCUUUUCACCAACUUCUUCUUAUUCUUCGCGAGAAGUCCCGUUUCCUGGCUAUCCUCUUCCGCAGUCCUCCAUCUCAAGUCCACCAGAGUCACGCUCCGGUGAAAUUAAACAGUUACCUCGACCGCGACCCUUGUUCCUUGAUCGGCCUCUUCCUUUGUUGGCUAAGGAGGAUCCCCAAGGAUACUCGCUAUUUAUUGAAGGCGCCACACUUCUGGCAUGGGACGUCGCAUGGGUAUGUCGGACACAGGGACUGCACGCUGGAACCAACACCUGGGAGGAGAUAUGCUCUCUAGGUAAAAAUCUUUGGCAGCUGCUCGUUGCCCCUCCCUUUCAACCUUCCCCUAAGCCCUCAACAAUGGCAUUACCUCGGAGCCCUUCAAGCAAGGAUAUUCUCAACCGGCAAGAACCCGCCAAAGACCUUUCAACACCGCCAAAAGAGCAGACGUCCGCUGCCGCUGCCCCUUCAACUACCCCUUCUGCAGCCGUUUCCAAGAGGCUCUCACUUGGACAUUACUCGCACGGCACAUCCCAUUCAUUCCUCAACGGUGCAGAGGGCUCGGAGUAUAUGCGCACUUGGAAAUUACAAAGCCCGAUGAAAAUUGUCGAUCGGGUCAAGGCCGCUCUUUUGGGCGAACUAGCCGGUGCUGAGUGGGAGGUCCUUGAUGAGCAUGAAUGGGAAGAUAAUCCUCUAGAGAGCGGUAAUGGGGCAGAAGCAAAAGCGGCAAUCCCAGCAUCGGCUGCCGGCAUUGAGAAGGGCGCUCGCCCUCUAUCAAAAACUUCAGCUACUCACGAUGUCCCGAUUCAGUCCAAAGCGUCAACUGUAGCCACGCAAGGCUCGAACCAAUCAAAUCCACUGGUGCCAAAGCAAAUCAUAGGUGCUAACCAAGAUCAAGCUGCGGAGCGGGCGGACGGGAGAGCAAAAGGCACCAGUGGGUGGACUAAAUUAAAGAAUAGAUGAUCAUUCAAUCGAUUGUUGUUGGGAAUUGAGCUCAUCUAGACACGGUCGAUUUAAAAUGGAAACGCUUUCUCGGCGAACAUGGAGUCUUCGGCUUGUUCUUUUGUCCGCAUAGCAUUUUCUGCUGUUAUUCUUUCAGGACUUGUCGUUUCAUAAACCUUGUUGGACACAUGAAAUAUGGUGAAUAGGAAGUUCAGGGGUUAGAUUGGGAGCACAUAUUGGGAUUUUUACUCAUCUGGAUGAAUGAUCUUCAUGAACACAUGCAUGGCAGCAUCUUCUCGAAUGCGAUCAAAUGGCUGCGUGUGGAGAAACUGGGAGUUAGAGAUUCGGCGUAUUGUAUUUCCGGUCCUUGAACAUUAUUUCCCUUCUCCGCUCCUCAGGGGAUUUCCUUCCUCUUUUUCUACAUUUUUAUUUAAGUUUUAUAAUUCUACUCUAUUGAAUGGGCAUUAA